AUGUCAAAAGAUGAUGACAACACCGAUAGCCAAUUACUACAUUCAAAGUAUUCAGUAACACGUGAAGUAUACACUGUGAACAAGUUUUCAGAAGAGUAUCAUCGAUCAACUGAAGUGCAUAAACCAUUUUCUCUCUCUGCAAUCCUAAGAAGUUGUACAUGUUCAAGAUUUCUUAGUGUUUUAUCCUCUAUUUUUCCAUUUUAUUCUGUAUUGGCUUCAUUUUAUACAUUCCAGUCAUUUCUAUCAGAUGUAGUUGCUGGGAUAACAAUGUCAAUAGUUCAUGUACCACAAGGCAUGGCAUAUGGACUUUUAGCUGGAGCUAAACCUAUAAACGGAUUGUAUACCUCAUUUUUUCCCGCAUUGGUAUAUUUUUUCUUUAGUACAUCACGCCAUGUAUCAGUAGGUACUUUUGCUGUUGUUGCCCUGUUGACGUCUGAUCCUGUUGACAGACUAGUCGCAAAAUUCGAUACAAACAAUCGUUCCUUAGAAAAAUAUCAAGUUUUCAAUGAAACUCAGUUAGAUGAUUUUCGUGUUAAGAUUGUCGUGACUGUUUGUAUUCUAGGCGGAAUAUUUCAACUCUUGUUAGGUAUAUUUCGUUUGGGCAUGUUAGUUGUAUAUAUGUCAGCACCACUCUUGGGUGGUUUCACAUGUGCAUCUGCUGUCCACGUUUUCGCUAGUCAAUUGAAUGGAUUAUUCGGUAUACGUUUAAAUCGUGCUACAGGACCAGGUCGUAUUUUCUUUAUAUUGAUCAACUUUGUCAAAGUGGUCAGCAAAACUAAUUUAGCCACACUAUUAAUGUCUUGUAUAUGUAUUAUAACUAUUUGGAUAUUCAGACAUUUUAUCAAUCCUAGAGUUACUGCGAAAAUACGCUUUGCAAUACCAAUUGAAUUGAUUGUACUUGCUGUCUGUACCAUUAUAUCAGAGUUUUGUUCAUUGAAUGAAAAAUAUGGUGUCGCUAUUGUUGGCAAAAUUCCAGUUGGUCUACCAUCGCCAAUUGUUCCUGAUGUCAAGUUGAUACCAGAAGUUUUAAUGGAUUCAGUGAUUAUUUCCUUUGUUGCAUUAGCGACAACAAUUUCAUUGGUGAAAUUAUACGCUACAAAAGAGGGUUAUGAUGUCGGAUAUACUCAGGAAUUGACUGCUCUGGGAAUGGCCAACAUAAUAUCUGGAUUCUUUCGCUGUCAACCAGCCUCUGGUGCUUUAGCUCGUUCCUCUGUUGCUUAUGGCGUUGGAAUGUGCUCCCAGGUUGCUUGUCUGAUAUCCUGUUCUAUUAUAUUACUUGUUGUUACUUUCGUUGGACAAUUUUUACAAAGUGUACCAAUGUGCACUUUGUCAUCGAUUAUUGUCGUCUCCCUUGAAAGUAUAAUUCUACAAAUUUUAGACUUACCAAAGUUAUAUCGUGUUUCAGUAUAUGAUAUGCUUAUAUGGCUUGUAACAUUUCUAGCCACAACGUGUAUUGAUGUCCCGAUUGGUCUAGUCACAGGAUUAGGCUUUUCCCUAUUAACAGUAUUGUAUCGUACACAGUCGUCAUAUUACUAUGAACUUGGUCAAAUUCCCGGUACAAAUAUUUAUGUUGAUGUGAAAAAAUAUGAUGAAGUUCAACCCAAUAUUACUAAACAAUUGAAAUUUAUUAUCUUAGAUAUAUCCUCUUGGACAUAUUUAGAUGUUGUUGGUAUGCGAACUGUGACAGAUCUAGUGAAAUGUUACGGUGAAUUAGGCAUUCGUAUUCUCUUCACUGCAUGUGAUCCACAGAUAAAAUCUGUUCUAACAAGUGGUGGUGGCAGUUUGACAUCAUCACAAAUUGACCAUAUGUCAUUUAUUAGUAUUCAUGAUGCUGUCAUCUAUUGCCAAAGUUUCCUCUCCAAUAAUGAUUUGUAUAAAAGAAAUACAUCUUCCAGUAAUAUGAAUAAUGCAUUGAAAAAUGAAUAUAUUGUAAAAGAAGAUAGAUUAAAGUUAUCGGGGAGUAAAGAACUACUCGCUGUAACAUAUUCUGAUCCUGUGGUCAUUGAAGACACAUACUUGGAGGAUGCGCUCAUCAAGACAACGAAAUUAUAAUGAGACUAUGAUGCCUUUAAUAUCCCCUUUAAUGAUGAUUAUGUCUCGGAAAAAAUUCUUAAUCCAAUCUCGCAUUAUGUUUAAAUUUCAAUAAAUAAUCCAUUUUGAGAUUUAUUGGUACAAACAAACAAACACAA